CCCUCGGUCCUCUCGCUCAUUUCGUGACCUUGGAGCUUGUUAAUUUCUGUGGAGUUCGUUUUAGAAAUUCAACCUGCUUUGAUCAUGGAUGGACAUGACUCCGAAGAUCCAAAGCAAAGCACUGCAGAUAUGACAGCCUUUGUGCAAAAUCUUCUUCAGCAGAUGCAAACUAGGUUCCAGACUAUGUCAGAUUCCAUAGUCACAAAGAUCGAUGAGAUGGGAAACCGUAUAAACGAGUUGGAGCAAAGCAUCAAUGACCUUAAAGCGGAAAUGGGUGUGGAGAGCUCACCAUCCCCUGUGGCGCCUGCUAAGCCAAAGCAAGAAGAGGGAUCUGCUUAAGUCACGUUCAUGCUAAAGAACUUUUUGUUAUUUUCUUGCAUUACAUCAGGAUUUUGGUAUUAUGGCAUUAUCUACGGAUGCAUAGUGGUUCAUUAAGCAGGUGUUUACUCAGGAAUGGCUAGAGUGCGUUCUUUUGUAUCUAAGUAUCUCUUUGUUGGAAACAAGAAACGCGGUUUCCCGACUAAUUGAUUGUAUUUCCCAUUUGAGAUGGACUUGAUUGAGUACUGUUCGUGUGGGAAAGAUUAAGGAUACUUGAUACUUCCAUGUCUCAUGUUGCGAUUAUUUUGUAA